AUGGCAUCCAUGCCUGAAGAUGACAUAGCCAAGAUGGCGACAUCACCCCCGCCGAGUUUUGACGAGUUACAGCUCAGGUGGUUUUCUAGCAUUGUUUCCCUGAGCAAAGUACCGGUGCUUGUCGGCAGCUCCAACUUGUCCUCUCUCUCCCCCUCCCUCGGAUCUCCGAUCUCCACCUUUGGCAUGACGAUGAUGGCAUCCAUGCCUGAAGAUGACACAGCCAAGACGGCGACAUCAUCCCCGUCGAGUUUCGACGAGUUGCAGCUCAGGCGGUACGAGUAUUGCUUUCUCUGGGUCAACAUGUCGUUGUCAGUGUUGACGGUGUACUUAUCGCAGCGAGUGGAGGAAAUGUUCGACUUGGGGAUGUUUCUUGAGGUGGCCGAGUUCUACAAGGAAAACUCUGCAGGUCAAACCAAACUACGAAAGGAAAUCGGAGUGGCGGAGUUCGGUCGGUAUUUUAAAGAGUACCCGCUCCGGUGGCGGAAGAGGACGAUGAUCCUGUGCCCAAAUUAG